AUGAGUCUGCAGAUUUUAAAUGCAGAAAAUGGAGAAAACGGAGGAAACGCCAAUGAUGAUCUAACAGCAGAAGACUGUGGCUUUUUCUUCGCACCACCGGAACCUACAGGGAGACCUUCCAUUCUACGCCUGUCCCAGAAAGAAAACUUGCCACCAAAAAGUGUGGCAAAAGCUAUGAAGGUAACCUUUCAAACUCCUCUAAGAGAUCCUCAGACUCGAAAAAUCUUAAGUCCUACUAUGAUGGACAAACUUGAGACUACUUUCACACUUGAUGAUUGCAGUGAAGCCUUGGCAGAUGAUCUUUUAUCUGCACCCGUCAAUGUUGACAUAUGUCAACAAAAGAUUGAAGCUGAAGCAGGUAAUACAGUGAUAAAUACACAAAUGCCCGAGAAGGUCAGUGCGGCUCCUUACCCGGAUGAUGAGAUGCCAGUGAAGAGUCGAGGUUCCUACAAUCUUGAUUUUGAUAACUUAAAUGACAUCAAUCCCUUUCAAAGUUCAGUGCAGUUGCAGUAUUCUCCUGGAAAUCUGCAAAAGUCUCCUGUAAGAGCAUCUAGCAGCCCUGAGAGAACUUCUGAAAAAAGUAAUGAUUCUCUUCUGGAUGAUACAGCUUCUUUUGCUUCAACCACAGCAAGUACAGAACGCUCAAGUGAAGAGGAGAAGACUCCUUUAUCUGGAAAAGAGUCUGUAUUGAGAGAGCCGGAGUCUAGCAAAUCCAAGCUGUCCCUUAAGCAAGCAAUCAGUGACUCUGUGCAGGAUGUGAAGUCUGCUUCCACAGAUGUGAACCAAACUGAUAAUUCACUGGGAUUAGGAGAAGCUAGUUCUGAUGUAACUAAUUCUUCUAAAUCUGGGGAAUCAAAGCUUCAGAAUGUUUCAGGAGCAGAAAAAGCCUCUGCAGAAGAGUCAAAGCCUGCAGAAGAGCUGGCUAUCUCCAAAGGGGAACAUGCAGAAAAACCUGGUGUCACCAAGGCUGGACCAGUAAAACUGGAAUUUGACUUUGAUAAUACCACUGCUAGAAAGCCACCUCCUAAGAAACUGGGUAAAAGACCUGGAAUUAAGCCACCUUCCAAAAAAACUCCUAUUACCAAAACAAAAACAGAGAAUACUGAAGUGCAAAAUAAAAUUAAUGUGGAAGAUGAAAUCCCUGUUCCCAAAGCAUCUUAUGAGUUUGACUGGGGCAAACUUGAUGAUCCAAACUUUAAUCCAUUUGGAGGAGGCUCUAAAAUUUCCAGCUCACCCAGUUCUAAACCUAGCCCUCAGAAAGUUCACCUGCAAGAGGACCAGGAUAGUAUGUCAUCAAGAAGGGAGCCUCUUCCAACGGAGCAGGAUAACAGACCAAGUACCUGUGAAACUCUUGAGAAAAGAGAACCCAAAAGUCCGGAAAUCGGCAAACAGAGUGUGGUAGAAGACAAGCCAAGAACUCAAGAAGAUAAGCCAGGAGUUCAAGCAGAAGCUGAACUUCCAGGAGAGAUAGCCAUGGAGAAGCAAAUGAGCCCAUCAAAAAUGUCUCCAGCUAAUGUCCCCUCUCAAGAUAAUUUGGUUUCUGCUGACAGUGGAAAAAAGUCAAUGCCUGGAGAAGAAAUUAAACCUAAUUCCCACAGAACUGAAAUAACAGCAGAUGAGCAGACAGCUAACACUGAACCUGAAGAGCUCUUCAGACCAUCAUCAGAAGUUCUAGGAAUGGGCAUAGAAAUAGACUAUCUGGAACAGUUUGGGACUUCAUCAUUCAAAGAGUCUGCCUUGAGGAAACAGUCGCUGUAUUUGAAGUUUGACCCUCUAUUGAGAGACAGUCCGAGAAAACCAAUUUCUGGUACUAUUGAAACAAAUGUGAAUAUCAUGACAGCUCCACUUCAGCGUGGUCCUGUUGCUGAUGUAAGUAAAUUGCUUGAAGAAGCUGAAAAGCCUGCAGUGAGUCUUCAAAAUGAAGAAAAACCAAAAGGACUAGAUCUUCUGGGAACAUUUACAACUUCUGACACAGGUCCCCUAAUUCCAGACUCCCUGACUAAUGAUGUUCCUCCACUCCCUUUUGCUGCUUCCACAAACACUGCAGUGGAUGCUAUUAUAGAUGUGCUAAAAUACAGCCAAAAAGACAUGGAUGCAGCUGUUCAACUGGUUAAGAGAGAGGUUCAAGAGAAACAGUUGGAGACACAGGAAUGGAAAAAUAAGUAUGAUAAGCUUCACAUGGAGUACAAGGAAAUGGGAAAAAUAGUUGCUGAGUUUGAAGGUACAAUAACACAAAUGAUGGAGGAUGCUCAGAAGCAGAAGGAAUUUUCAAAGAAAGAAAUGCAGAGGAUGGUGGAAGAGAAGCAACAAGUCAUUUCAGAUCUGAACUCUAUGGAGAAAUCUUUCUCUGAACUCUUCAAACGAUUUGAAAAACAGAAAGAAGUGCUAGAGGGUUACCGCAAAAAUGAAGAAGCUCUGAAAAAAUGUGCUGAAGAAUACCUGGCUAGAAUUAAAAAAGAGGAGCAGAGAUAUCAGGCACUAAAGGCACAUGCUGAAGAAAAGCUGCAUCAAGCAAAUGAGGAAAUUGCGCAGGUACGAAGCAAAGCUAAAUCGGAGACUGCAGCACUACAAGCUAGUCUCCGCAAAGAACAAAUGAGGAUCCAGUCUUUAGAGAGGAGCCUUGAACAAAAGACUAAAGAAAAUGAUGAACUAACAAAAAUCUGUGAUGACUUGAUCUUGAAGAUGGAAAAAAUUUGAUAGCUUAACUGUCUUGUAAAUAUGUCUAGUCUCCCUGACUUCCUGUCUUGUAUGUUCACUUGCUUCUUUUUAAUUAUGUAUGUGGGGAAAAAAUAAAACUCUUGAUUUGCA